AUGAUUGCUGCGGCGUUUUUGGUCCUGUUGAGGCCGUAUAGCAUUCAAUGUGUGCUGCUGCUGCUGUUGCUAUUGCUCGGGACUAUAGCGACAAUUCUGUUUUUCUGCUGCUGGCAUCGCAAGCUUCGGAAUGGACAACAUCCAAUAAAAUCAGUGCUGUCCGGACGCUCCAGGAGCCGCGUGGGCCUCCGAACACAUCAUUUUCGAUCAGAGGGCUUCAGGCACAGUCCACGUCACGCCAGAAGGAGCAUACAUGCUCGAGUGACAGAGGAAAAGCCUAAUCUGGUUGAGAUUCCUGAGAGUGAACCAGAAUCAUCGUCGAGUCUAAGAAAACGCAAAGUAAAGAAGAGGGUCCUGCCAGAGUUUUACCAGUCUGUACAAGUCACCCCCACACGCAAACCUAGCUCCAGUUCGGGGAACCCUUCCCUUCACUGCUCCAUGUCUUCCUCGGCGGAUAUUUCAGACGAGGAUGACUACAGUGUUAAAUCCGGCUCAGCAUCACCUGCUCCCGGGGACACUUUACCCUGGAACCUGCCCAGACAUGAGAGGUCCAAGAGGAAGAUCCAGGGGGGAUCUGUGCUGGAUCCGGCGGAGAGAGCCGUGCUCAGGAUCGCAGAUGAAAGAGACAGAGUGCAGAAAAAGACAUUUACCAAAUGGAUAAACCAGCAUCUCCUGAAGGUACGAAAGCAUAUAAAUGACCUCUAUGAAGACUUACGAGAUGGACAUAACCUGAUCUCGCUCCUGGAGGUUUUGUCUGGAGACACAUUGCCUCGGGAGAGAGGGAGGAUGCGCUUCCACAGACUCCAGAAUGUACAAAUAGCACUGGAUUAUUUAAAGAGGCGGCAGGUCAAACUUGUAAAUAUCAGGAAUGAUGACAUCACAGAUGGCAACCCGAAACUGACCCUGGGAUUGAUCUGGACCAUAAUUCUGCACUUUCAGAUCUCGGAGAUCCAUGUGACAGGAGAGUCCCAAGACAUGACAGCCAAAGAGAGGCUACUCUUCUGGACCAGGCAAAUGACAGAGGGCUACGUUGGCGUACGAUGUGACAACUUCACAACCUCGUGGAGGGAUGGGAGGCUAUUCAACGCCAUUAUACAUAAAUACAGGCCAGACCUGAUUGACAUGAGCUAUGUGUCGACACAGCCCAACCGAUCAAAUUUAGAGAACGCGUUUUGUGUAGCUGAACAGCUGGGGGUUGCCAGAUUGCUGGAUCCCGAAGAUGUGGACGUUCAGUCACCCGAUGAAAAGUCAGUAAUCACAUACGUGUCGACACUGUAUGACGCUUUCCCCAAAGUACCUGACGGCGUUGAUGGAAUCAGUCCCAUUGAUGUUGAUAUCAAAUGGGUGGAGUACCAGAACAUGAUCAAAUACCUCAGCCAGUGGAUCAAACACAACGUGGCCAUAAUGACAGACAGAUCAUUCCCCAACAACCCUGUGGAACUAAAGGCACUUUAUACACAGUAUCUGCAUUUUAAAGAAAAUGAAAUCCCUGUGAAAGAGAACGAGAAGACAAAAAUCAAGAAUCUCUAUAAAAUGCUUGAGAUGUGGAUCGAGUUUGGACGUAUUCAGUUACCCCAGGGUCAUCACCCAAAUGAUGUUGAGAAGGAAUGGGGGAAAUUAAUAGUUGCUAUGCUGGAAAGAGAGAAGAGCCUGAGGCCUGAGGUGGAACGGCUUGAGAUGUUGCAGCAGAUUGCCAACAGGGUCCAGCGGGACUGUGUAAACGGAGAGGACAAGCUGGCGUUGGCAAGAAUCGCCCUGCAGUCUGAUGCAAAACGUCUCGAGUCUGGUAUCCAGUUUCUAAAUGAAGCUGAGAUUGCUGGCUACCUCUUGGAGUGUGAGAAUAUCCUCAGACAACAAGUGGUGGACAUCCAAAUUCUUCUGGAUGGGAAAUUCCCCUUUGCGGAUCAACUUGUCCAAAGGGUAUCACAACUCCGAGAUGACCUGCUCUCCCUGAGGUCAGAGUGUUCUUCCGUGUACAGCAAAGGACACACGCUCACGACAGAACAAACCAAACGGAUGAUUUCAGGCAUCACACAAAGCCUGAACUCUGGCUUCUCUCAGAACAUCAACUCAAGCCUGACACCAGACCUCACCCCGGGGGGUUUAGGUACCCCUGGCUCCACAUUCACCUCCAGCCUUACACCGGGCCUGACCCCUUCCUUCAACCCUGCCAUGACCCCCGGCCUGCAGCCCGCUUCAGUCCAGGGCUUCAUGGGGAGUGGUGGUGGUGGUGGUGGCAUGGACCCUGGCAGCCUCAGGCAAUUGAAACACAUGCAGAUCCGCAAGCCCUUACAGAAAUCCUCCCUGGCAGACCCCAACAUGACAGAAGAGGAGGUCAACAUGAAAUUUGUUCAGGACCUCCUGAGCUGGGUGGAAGAGAUGCAGUUGCAGCUUGAUCGUUCAGAGUGGGGAUCUGAUUUGCCAAGUGUGGAACUGCAUUUAGACAACCACAAAAGUGUUCACAGAGCCAUUGAAGAAUUUCAAAUGAGUCUUAAAGACGCCAAACUGAGUGAGAUUCAGAUGCAGAUCCCCCUGAAAAUAAGUUAUUCGGACAAACUGAACAAACUAGAAAAGCAGUAUGAAAGGCUAUUGAACAAUUCCAGAGAGCGACAGAGCCACCUGGAGAGCCUGCGAGACUUUGUGUCCAAAGCGACUCAGGAGCUGAUCUGGCUGAAUGAGAAGGAGGAGGAGGAAGUAGCCUUUGACUGGAGUGAUCGCAACGGCAGCAUCUCCAAGAAAAGAGACUACCAUGCUGACCUGAUGAGGGAGCUGGAUGAAAAGGAGGAAGUGAUCAAGUCUGUGCAGGACAAGGCAGAACGCCUUAUGCUCAAGAACCACCCAGCCAGGCUGACUAUUGAAGCGUACAGGGCUGCCAUGCAGACUCAGUGGAGUUGGAUUUUACAGCUCUGCUCAUGUGUAGAACAGCAUCUCAAGGAGAACGCUGUUUAUUUCGAGUUUUUCAGCGACGCCAAAGAGUCCAUGGACUACCUAAAGAGCCUGCAGGAGGCCAUUCAGAGAAAAUACAGCUGUGAUCGAACAAGCAGCUUACACAGACUGGAGGAUCUCAUUCAGGAGUCCAUGGAUGAGAAAGAGCAGCUUCUUCAGUACCGCAGCACUGUCGCUGGGUUGGUGGGCAGGGCCAAGAAUAUCGUGCAGCUCAGGCCCAGGAACCCAGAGAGCCCCGUGAGAUCCUCCAUCCCUGUGAAAGCCAUCUGUGAUUAUCGUCAGAUAGAGAUUACCAUUUAUAAAGACGAUGAGUGCGUGUUGGCCAGUAACUCUCACAGAGCCAAGUGGAAAGUCAUCAACCCCGCAGGCAACGAGGCCAUGGUGCCCUCCGUCUGCUUCACCGUGCCUCCACCCAACAAAGAGGCUGUUGAUAUGGCAACCAGAACGGAGCAGUUAUACCAGAAUGUGCUGGCAUUGUGGUCCCACUCACACAUCAACAUGAAGAGUGUGGUUUCUUGGUAUUAUCUAAUGGCUGAUGUACGAGCCAUCCGCAACUGGAAUGUGGCCUCAAUAAAGACCAUGUUACAGGGUGAGCAUCAGCAGGUUUUGAGCAACCUGCAGUCCCACUUCGACGAGUUCCUGGAAGACAGCGAGGAGUCCGAGGUCUUCACUGUGGCAGACUGUUCCCAGCUAGAGAGAGAAGUUGCCUCCUGCAAGGAAUACUACCAGGAAUUACUGAGAUCAGCAGAAAGAGAGGAACACGAGGAGUCGGUGUACAAUCAUUACAUCUCAGAAAUACGCAACUUCCGGAUGCAUCUGGAGGCCCACGAGGAACACCUGAUCAGGCAGCUCCGCACCCCGCUGGAGAGAGACGACCUCGAACAGAGCCUGCAGCGCAUCACAGAACAUGAGCAAAAGACAGCGGAGAUGAACCGAAUGAAGGAGGACUUUGACGUUAUGAAGGAGAAGUGUGAGCUGUUCCUCAGACAGGCUGCAGGGUUCCCUUCUGUUCCAACACUUUCCUCUGAACUCACCGUCCUCAUUGAGAGCAUGAGCCAAGUGUACUCCAUGUCUUCCAUCUAUAUGGACAAACUGAAAACAGUGAGCUUAGUGGUGAGGCACAGCCAGAGUGCAGAGGCUCUUGUUAAGUCCUUUGAAUCCAAACUCUAUGAGGAAGACGCUAUGAACUCUGACGUCAAAUCCAUCGAGACAGUCAUUUCAACACUAAAGCAAUGGCGGUCAGAGAUUGAUGAAAAGCAGGAAGUGUUCCAUGAUAUGGAGGAUGAGCUGCAGAAAGCACGAGUCAUCAGUGACCGCAUGUUCAAAGCACACAACGAGCGGGACUUUGACUUUGACUGGCACAAGGAGAAAGCUGAUCAGCUGAGCGAGAGAUGGCAGAACAUUCACUCCCAGAUUGAUAGCAGGCUUCGGGACCUGGAUGGUAUCGGCAAGUCUCUGAAACACUACAGAGACUCUCACAGUAGUCUGGAUGAAUGGGUUAGAGAAAUGGAAGCAGAACAACUCAACGCCCAAGAAAACAAACCUGAAGAUAGCAAGGCACUGGCUGAGCUGUUAAACAAACAGAAGGUCCUUGUUGCUGAAAUUGAACAAAAACAGGGCAGAAUUGAUGAGUGUCAGAAGUACUCAGAGCAGUACUCAUCUUCCAUUAAGGAUUAUGAACUUCAGCUGAUGACGUUCAGAGCGAUGGUCGACUCCCAACAUAAAUCUCCUCUCAAGAAACGGAAGAUGCAGAGCUGUGCGGAUGCCAUUCAACAGGAGUUUAUGGACCUCAGAACCCGCUACACUGCUCUUGUGACUCUCAUGACACAGUAUGUGAAGUUUGCCAGUGAAACCUUGAAGAGAACUGAAGACGAAGAGAGAUCUGUUGAUGAGGAGAACAGAGAGCAUGGUGAUAAAGUUAGCAAACUGUUGCACUGGAUGUCCAAUGUGAAACAGACCACGAACAAUGAUGGGAAUGCUCUGAAAGAUAGCAAUGCCAACACAGACGCUUCUAAUAAGCCCCAGGUGUCAGUUGAGGAGAUGGUCACUAAGAAGGAACAAAUUGCAGAGGCAUUGAGGGCCACGCAAAUGAUGCUGAACAAACACAGUGACAAAAUGAGCGAGGACGAAAGAGAAAAGGCCCAGGAGCAGCUGAAGGCGCUCAAUCAGGCCUACAGUGAACUCUCCCAGCAUUGUUCAGAUCAGACUACGACUGCAGAAGAGGUUUCAAAAUCCAAUGUUGCAGGGCUUGGGACAGAACCCAUGAGUGGCCUGAUCGGUGAAAUACCAGGGGCCCGACCUAUGACCCCUGACCUCUUUCAGUCUGAAACUCAAGAUCUCGACUAUAAAUCCACCCUGAACCACUUUCAACAGUUAAACCGGGAUAAUAAGUGCGUACAGAGCUCACAUGUCCCUUCUGUGUCGCUUUCUGACAUUGCAGCGGCCAGGGAAGGGGCGACGUGUGAAGACCCGAUUAUCAAACUGAUAGAAGUCAAAGAAGUCAGUGAUGGGUUGAAUGUGUGCUACUCAGGGGGGACACUGACCCUGGAGAGGGCUUUUCAGGGUGGUGUAAUACCUGCUUCCGUCUAUGUAGACAUUCUUCAGAGGCAAAACACCAGUCAGAAUAUGGAGGACACCAGUGAAGAUGUGUCACUCCUAGAGCCUUUGCACACUGUCAACAGACUGAUAUUAAAGUGCCUCAGCAGUAAAAAAUCACUGACAUCAGGGAGAGAUAUGAACACUUUGAGGUUGUUUUGUGAUGGUGUAAGUGAUCAGGAGAUGACAGAGGAUGUUGUGAGUGAUAAGUUAAAGGUGGAUGCAGCGGUUCAGUGUGAUUUGAUGAGAUCUAGCAGCACUCUCAUCGUGCUUGAAAAUCAGAAGUACUUUAUUGGACUCGUGUUGCCUCCCUCGGGGGAAAUCCAAACUGUGACAACAUCCUUCCAGUAUGAUCAACACAUUACCACUGAGGAGUUUACCAGCUCACUGUUGGCUAAUCGGGAAAAGAUAGCCGCUUUUUACAUUCCAGAAAUAUCCGAGGUGGUGGACAUCGCCUCUGCCAUACAGAAGGAUUUGAUUGACACUUACACAGCAGAGAUUUUGAAAACGAUAGAAAUUCCUGAUGUGUUACCUGAUCACCUUAACGACAAGUUUUCCUCUUGGCUCAUGUACAGAAAACUCACAGUCGAUGGAUGCGUUCAUGCUGCAGAUUGCUUGGAAGUUGAUAACAUCCCUACACAAGCAGAGGCAAAGCAGUUAUUCAUCUCCUACCUGUUGUUGAACAGCUACAUCGACCCAGAGUCAGGACAGAGGGUGUUAAUACUCGAUAGACAGCUGAGUAAAAUGGUUCAAAUCUAUCUUGAAGAUUUGAUAUUGUUCGAGAACACUGAGAAAAAUGUAACUUGUCUGAAUUUGAAUGUAGGAGAUCCUUCAGAAAAGGAAGAUUUAGAGAUACCUCUGCACAUAAAUGAGGAAACAGAGGAGAAAUACACGCUGCACACAUUUGAUCCUCAUCAUUCGGUCAAUGGAACAAUUAGCUUUGACGAAAAAACAUAUCUAAAUGACGAGGCUCUAAAAGAGGAACAUUUAUUAGAUGAUGCUGCGGACAUGAACACCACAGUGCUUUGUGUGGUGGAGGAAACCAUGUGUCAAAACAACACCAAUUGGACACAGGCAGAAGAAUUUGAAGAUAGAAAUCCUGAAAAUAGUUUCAAAAACGGAAUUGGAGGUGCUGAUAGUGAAGGUCUCGAUACCCCAACUAUCCCAGCCCUUCAAACGUUACACUCUGUGAACAGAACAAAUGUCGCCUCCCCAUCGAGGAUGUUAGACUCCGAGUGUUCAGUGACAUCCCACGGACAAACACUUCCAUACUACGACGCAGAGUCACUUUGUAGUGAAUCAGAAGGUACAGACAUAACCAAAGAUGAGUUGUUAUGCUCUGAGGACAUGUGGGAUGAUGAACAUGAGCAAGACUAUGCCAUUCAUGUUCUGAAAGGGCAAAUGAAGGAGGGAGGCAUUUUAGAUGUACACUUAGGGAGCCGUUAUGACCUGGAGGCGGUAUUACUUGGAAUACAAUCAGAGGAUAACGAAAGUGUUGUAGCAGAUGAGGAUGACACAUUAUCUGUUUUAAAACAGCCUGUGUAUGAUGAAUCCACAUCCUCAAAUAUCCAUUUCAUGGAACAGCAGAGCCUAUUGAGGGCUGGUUGCACCAUUAGUAUCAGUGAGUCAGUGGAGUCUGGAUUAUUUGUAGCUGAUUUAAACCCUGAGGCCAGCAUUUAUCCACAGGAACACUGCACUACCUCGAUCUCUGAUGAUCAUUGUCUGCAUUUUAUUAAUAAUAAUGAAGCUGAAAACACACAGACUGAGAGGAGAGUUGCUGUCAUGGUGCUUGAUCUCAUCCACGAGGAAGGUGAUAACGAGAAGGAAAGUGGAAAUGCCGAUUCAGAGGUGGAUUGGGAGAAAACAGGAAGUGUAGGAGAGAUGAGUGAUUAUCCGCAUCAUUCCCCUCCCUCAGUUGGCGGUCAGGAGUCCCUGAUGAUCUCACCCGCCUCGUGGAGUCAGGUUUCCGCAGAGUGUUUCCAUCAUACAGACAAUUCACUUUUCCCGGCUGAAGCCAGUGACUCACCGGCUGUGAUCGAUAACCAGCAGACAGAUAUGGAUGUUGUGAGAGAAAAAGCUGCUCCAACUACCCAGUCAUCUAGUGUGAGUGACAUCAUCACUGAUCCAGAAAGCCACACUCAUUACGCGACUUCAAUUAAUCAUGAAUCUGACCGCUCACCCGUUGAUAAUGAUUAUUUAAUUACCAGAAAUGAAGUAGGAGAUCAGACAGUUAGUGAGAGUGACUUGGACAUGUCCUCAUCACACAGCGAUGUGUUGUGUGAGGGAAGUAGAGCGGAGAAUGACACAAGUUCAGUCCGGUCACAUUUGGACGGGCAAACACUGAGCAUAGAUUACUCAUCACAAAGAGAUUUGUCUGGAAGUGUAAUGAUGUCGGAGUUCAGUGGUAAUUGUAGCUAUGACAACAACAUUACAGAAGAUGGCAGCAGAAUGACAUUACCUCAGCGAGCAGUGCUUUGUUCAGAGCGUGAUUUUAGUGUUGGAUCGGAGCCCAGCUGCUCUGAAAAUGAUCAGAGAUCUUCACAGUUGCACGUUGUUUCCGAUGAACUCACCUCAACAAAUGCUGUUAAUCUAAAGUGUUUCAAUGUUGAAGAUUCGGACCAUUGCGCUCUCACUACCGACAUAGUUUCACUUGAAACACCACUGGUGGAUGAAGAUAUGUCACAGCACAUACCUGCAGAGGAGGAUGAGUUAGGCACAACACGUUUUUCCCCUGAGAGGCAACAUGAGGACCUUUUCACCAGUGAUACAAAAGAGAUAUCUGUGUCAAGAAAUGCACAGACAGAAAGUGAUUAUGAAAAUGUGGAUAUUGGUGGAAAUGAGUCUGUGUCAGAAAUGAAUUCAGGGCAGUCUAAAAGUAUAAUAAGUGUUUUGUUAGAAUCUGAUAUCCCAGAGAUAGACAGAUUAGAUGCGUUUGCUUCACAGUUGCACGUUGUUUCCGAUGAACUCACCUCAACAAAUUCUAUUAAUCUAAAGUGUUUCAAUGUUGAAGAUUCGGACCAUUACACUCUCACUACCGGCAGAGUUUCUCUUGAAACACCACUGGUGGAUGAAGAUAUGUCACAGCACAGAACUGCAGAGGAUGAUGAGUUAGGCACAACACGUGUUUCCCCUGAGAGGCAACAUGAGGACCUUUUCACCAGUGAUACAAAAGAGAUAGCUGUGUCAAGAAAUGCACAGGCAGAAAGUGAUUAUGAAAAUGUGGAUAUUGGUGGAAAUGAGUCUGUGUCAGAAAUGAAUUCAGGGCAGUCUAAAAGUAUAAUAAGUGUUUUGUUAGAAUCUGAUAUCCCAGAGAUAGACAGAUUAGAUGCGUUUGCUUCACAGUUGCACGUUGUUUCCGAUGAACUCACCUCAACAAAUUCUAUUAAUCUAAAGUGUUUCAAUGUUGAAGAUUCGGACCAUUACACUCUCACUACCGACAGAGUUUCUCUUGAAACACCACUGGUGGAUGAAGAUAUGUCACAGCACAGAACUGCAGAGGAUGAUGAGUUAGGUACACAAUUAUUUUCCCCAGAGAGGCAACAUGAGGACCUUUUCACCAGUGAUACAAAAGAGAUACCUGUGUCAAGAAAUGCACAGUCAGAAAGUGAUUAUGAAAAUGUGGAUAUUGGUGGUAGCUUGUCUGUGUCAGAAAUGAAUACAGGGCAGUCUAAAAGUAUAAUAAGUGUUUUGUUAGAAUCUGAUAUUCCAGAGGUAGACAGAUUAGAUGUGUUGGCUUCAGAGCGUCCCCAGGUAGAUACUGACUUCCUAUCAGAAAGCCAUGUUACAUCUGAUGCUUCCUCUUCAACUCCAUCAGGGUUUCAGGCUAAAAGUGUAGAUGACAAGGGGGACAUUGUUACAAAAGGGACUGAUGUCAGUGAUUUGCAAAAGGCCCAAACUCAAGACGAUGAAAAUAUCGUGACUAAAGCUCAGACAACUCCACCACCUUUAGACGAAAGUGUUUGUCACGAGAGAGACUCGCCUCAUGGACUUAUAGAGAGCAGUCACCCAGACCUGCUCAUGGAUUUACUGAAGCAAAACGCCCUUAGUUUGAACAACAAAGAAGUAGAAAACUCAGAGCUGAUAAUGCAGAAAGAGAAAGUCGGUGAGAAGACAGAAAAUCCGUCUGACGCUCCAAACAUCCAGAUGCAGCUGCUGCAGGUCCUGAGGACUGUUUCCACGAGCCAAGACCUUUCAAUGCUCCAGGAGGUGAUGGACACUCUCAACAGCGCCCUGGGGGGUGACACCCUGGGGGGGGACUCUCAGGAGGAGCGACGGCACACACUAGAGAGCAUCAAGGAGGAGAGCUCAGAGGGGGAAGAGGACGAGUCAGCAGAUGACGACUCGGGUCUCGGUCGCUCUGCUGCCGGCAAACUGUCCCCUCAGACGUCUGAUGCCUCCAAAGUUGAGGAAGUCCAAAAAAAGCUGUUUUCCGUACAGGAUUAUUUGGAGUGUGUUGGGAGGCUGCAGGAUCACGCUGAUGUUUUAGAAGAUGUCAGAAAAGACCUUUCAAUCCAGCCACCCGUAGGUAACAACCUGGAAGACCUGCAGAUCCAAAUGGAGGAUUUUCAGUCUCUGAAGUCCCAGUUUUCUCGACUGGCCGGUGUUAUCACAGCAGAUCUGGAAAAAGCCAAACAGCUCUUAAAUUCCGUUGAUGAGGACAUUCCCUUACAAAUUCACCAAGAUUUGGCCUCGACAUAUCUGGAUUUAGAGCCAAAUUUUACUGCUGUUACCCAAAUGUCUGCCGAAAUGAGUAACUCCCUAACUCAAGCAAUGGAAACUGGAAAGGUACAUUUGGAAUCAACAUACCAGAAACAUAUUAGUUGUCUUGGUGAACUAGCGGGCUUUAUCAAAAACAACUCUGAGAAGUGUGACAUGGAUUCGAAAACAUGUGAUGUGGACACCUUGAAACAUUUGAUUCAACAGAACAAGGACACAGAGAGCAGUCUGCUUAAAGAAGUCAAGUUGGAAGAUGUCACAUUUGAUAUCCAGUGCUUUAUUUCUGAGCAUGCUCAGUUUCUGAGUCCAACUCAGAGCAGCCACCUCCUAAAGUUCCUCAGCUCCACGCAGCGGUCGUUCAGGGACCAGACGGAGAGACUGGGUACCCAGAGGAGCGCCCUAAAUGUCCUACUGGACACCAGGGAGAGGGAGAGCCAGGAGAAGUCUUUAUUGGAGAAACAAAAGGAGUUUGCAGAGAAGUUGGAGGAAGUAUGUGAUAAUCUCACCCUGACAGAAAACCAGCUGAUUGGUCAUCGACAACAGGCUGAAAACACCGAGUGUGUCACAGACCUGCAGCAGUACCAGCAGGAGCACCAGGCUCUGCAAAAGGAAGUGUUGACUAAUGCCAGCGCCUUAAAUGAAGUCAUCACCAGUACCAAAAAGUUCCUGGAGGAAAACCGGAGCAAGCUGACCCCAGAUCAAAUUGCAAGCAUUGAAAGCAAGCUGGAAGAGGCUAAGAGCAAAGACAAGCUCAUCAACCAGAGGGCGGAGGAGUCCAGGAAAGAUCUGGAGAAGGUUGUGACCACUGCCAUAAAACAGGAGAGUGAAAAGGCAGCAGCUGUUGAGCGACUUGAAGAAAGUAAGAACAAAAUUGAAGGACUCCUGGACUGGAUAUCCAACAUAGGCAAUGAAAACGAGAGCAAUCUGGAUAAAGAUGACCAUAUAAGUAAAGAGAAUGGAAAUCUGCCAGAAGAAACUUCAGCCACGAAACUGAUAGCAGAGGAUGACGAUGCCAAUGGAAACGUUUCACAGACCACUGAGAAUGAUUCUGGCAGAGAGACCAGCGGGAAGAGCGAUGCCUCCCUGGACCUCGAUAAGCAGUAUGACAGGGUCAAGGCCCGUCAUCAGGAGAUCCUGUCCCAGCAGCAGGAUCUGAUCAUGGCCACACAGUCAGCUCAGGCUCUGCUCGACAAGCAGGCGAACGUGCUGUCUUCAGAGGAGAAGGAGAAACUGCAGAAGAACAUCCAGGAGCUGAAGGGGCGCUACGAUGCCUCGCUGACGCAGGCUGAGCAGCAGAUGAAGCAGGUGCAGUGUGUCCAGGAGGAGCAGAAGAAGUUCCAAGGUGACGUGGAGGAGUUCGUCAGCUGGUUAGACCAGGCGGAGGCAGACAUAGAGAAGCUCGGAGCUCCUGCAGCCUCCCUCAACAUCCUCAACGAUAAACUCCAACGACAGAAAAGCUUCUCAGAAGAUGUGAUUUCCCACAAAGGGGACCUUCGCUUCAUCACCAUGUCAGGACAGAAAGUGCUGGAUGUGGCUAACGCCUGUCGAUUUGAUGACUCUGCAGCCAAGAACGCUCUUUUGGAUGUGGAUACUUCAGGAACCUGCUCUGCGGUCAAGGACAAGUUAGAUUCAGCUGCCAGCCGAUACAAAACACUACAUUCCCAGUGCAAUCAGCUUGGCAACAACCUCAAAGAUGUGGUUGAUAAAUACAAGAAGUAUGACGACUCGAGCGCCGGUCUUUUGAAUUGGCUCAACGGCUCAGAGGAUGAAGGGAGAAAGCAGCAGUCAGAAGCCAUAGCAGCCGACCCACAAACACUACAGAAACAGCUGGAGGACACCAAGGCCCUUCAAGGUCAGAUGACAGGACAUCAGACUGCUGUUGACACACUACGCAAAGCGGCUGAGUCUCUGAUCACUUCUGAAGGAGAUCUGCUGAGCAACUCGGAUGAAAUCCAGGAGACAGUAGAUGACAUAGUUGAGCGCUAUGACAACCUGUCCAAGUCUGUGAGUGACCGAAAUGAGAAGCUGCAGAUCACCCUGACUCGCUCCAUGAGUGUCCAGGAUGGUUUGGAUGAGAUGAUGGGUUGGAUGGAGGGAGUGGAGGCCAGCGUGAAAGAGAAAGGACAGAUUCCCCUGGACUCUGCAUCCAUUGGAGAUAUCCUCAGCAAAGAAGCAGCAUUGGAGCAGGACAUAGCAAGUCGCCAGAGCAGCAUCUCAGCCAUGAAAGCUAAGGUGAAGACGUUUGUGGAGACGGCGGAUCCCUCUGCCGCUGCGCUGCUGCAGUCUAAGAUGGACACUCUCUCUCAGCGCUUCACUGAUGCCUGUGACAAGCAUAAGCAAAAGGUUUCCCAGCUGGAGCAGCUGAAUGAAAAGGUGGAGCAGUUUGAGGAGGUCUCAGAGAAAGUCCAGCAGUUUGUCGUGAAGCGUUCACAAGAUCUACACGAGACAGACGGGCCUGGGAAAACUUUCAAUGAACUCUCUCAGCUGACGCAGAACACUAAAGCUGAGAUGGCUGAGCAUGAGAGUGAUUUGGAGACGCUGCAGACUCUGUGCAAGGAGCUGUCUGAAAUAAGCCCUGAUGGAAACAAAGCCCAGAUCCAGAGCAAGAUGGACAAUCUCUCAAAUAUGUUUAACACCUUCAAAGACACUGUAAAAGAAAAGGAAGAGGAGGUGUCUUCCUGUCAGGAUCAGCUAGGAGAGUUCAGAUCUUCAGCAGGCGUUCUCACCAAGUGGCUGGAGCAGACCAAUGAGAAAGUACCAGCGGUUCAGGCGACCAGCAGUGUGAAAAGUCUGGAGAAGGACCUGCAGAUAGUCACCGGAUUAUUAGAUGAGUGGACAUCCAAAGACCCAGCUGUCCAGGACCUGAACAGUAAAGGAUCAGCGCUCUGCAGCCUCAUGUCUUUACUCACAUCCCCCGCCAAGACAAAGACCCCUAACAAGUCAGCUCUUACUAAUGGUGGUGGUCCAGCGAGCCAUUCCUACCUAACCAAUAAAGAGCUGAUGGUAAUUCAGCAGAACAUGUCAUUCGUCAAUGACGGAUACGCAAGCCUCGGGGUAACGCUGAAGAGUCGGGCAGCAGAUCUGAGUAGUUCAGUUCAGGAGGUGAAAGAGGCCAAAGAGGAGACGGACAACAUGAUGACAUGGCUGAAGGACAUGAAAAAGACAGCAGCGUCCUGGAACAAAGCAGCCACAGAGAAAGACUCUGUGAGAACACAGCUGGAACAGCAGAAGGCAUUCGAGGAGGGCAUGAAGCAAAAGCAGGAGCAGUUUCAGACGCUCAGAGAAACGCUCCUUAACUUGAUUAAGACUCAUCCAAACUCCCCUGAGGCGGCAAAAUGGAAGCAGAUGCUCGCUGAAAUAGAUGCUGCCUGGGCAGAUAUCAGCGGCACUGUAGAGGAGAGGAAGCAGCACCUGGAGCAGUCCAACAAGAACCUGGACAUCUUCCAAACAACUCAGCUGCAGCUUGGUCAGUGGCUUUCCGAGAAAGAGCUGAUGAUGAGUGUCCUCGGACCCCUCUCGAUCGACCCAAAUAUGCUCAAAAUGCAGAAGCAACAAGUUCAGAUCCUCCAGAACGAAUUUAAGAGCCGUAAACCCCAAUAUGAGAAACUGGAGGAAGCUGCCUCUUCCAUCCUGAGUUCCUCGGGCAACCAGGACCCCUCCGGGGGGAAGCUGGUGAGGGAGCAGCUCUCUGCCGUCACCCAGAAGUGGCAGGGCAUCACGGGACAGCUGGACCAGCGAGACAGCCUCAUCGACCAGGCGGCGGUGAAGACAGGGCAGUUCCAGGAUUUACUGAGGGGUGUCGGUCAGACUGCCACUCAGCUGGAGAAUCAGCUCACCAACCACCAGGGCCACAGCACCCAGCCGGACGCUGUGAAGAAGCAGUUGGAGGAUGUCCAUAACAUCUCGGCUCAGCUGAGAGAGGAGAGGAAGAAGCUGAAGGAGGCGGAGGCCAUCAACGCAGAGCUCACAGCGAUGGUGACGGAAGACUACCUCAAAGCAGACUUGGCCAGACAGCUAGAGAGUGUCAGCAAACCUUUCAAACAGCUGGAAGAGAAAGCAGCGAAACGGAUCGAGCAGCUCAACUCAACCUUUGCCAGCUCUCAGCAGUUCCAUCAGACCUCCAAAGACUUCCAGUCAUGGCUGGGUGAGAAGCUCCAGGAACAGUCUAAGCCGAAGCCCAUCUCUGCCAAGGCGGAAGUCCUGCAACAGGCCCUGGAGGAGCACAGUAAACUCCAGAAAACUCUCGGGGAACAUGACAAAGCUUAUAACACAAUCCACGGGGAAGGAGAGACGCUCCUGCAGAAAAUUGACGGUGCAGAAAAGUUGGCUUUACAAGGGCAGCUCACUACACUGUCAUCCGACUGGGAGGAGGUGAAGAAGAGCUCUGUGGAGCAAGCUGGCAAACUCGAGACCGCUCUGCAGAAAUCUCUGAAGUAUCAGGAGCAUGCAGAGAAGCUCGGCUCCUGGAUUCAAGAGUGUGAAGCCAGCGAGGGCCGAGUCAAACUCACUGUUGAUCCGGUUGAUGUGGAGAGCUCCAUUUCUCAGGUGAAGGCUCUCCAGAAAGAUGUGGACAAGCACAGGGGGAUGGUGGGGCAGCUCAACGCGGCCGCUGAUAGUCUUCUUGAGGUGGCCAACGCAGACACUGAAGCAAUCAGAGAGGAGAAGGCUAGCAUUGGCAAACGAGUGGAUAAUGUAAUGGAAGGUCUACAAAACAAAAGGGAAUCCUUGGAGAAGAUCUCACAUACAGUUAAGGAAUUCAACGACGCCUACAAAGAGGCAAAGGGUCAGCUCGAGGGGGCUCAGAAGCAAGUGGAUUCUUAUGAAGCACAGGGAGUGCAGGCACACAGCAACAAGAACCUGACCAACAUCAAAGCCCAACAUAAGAGUUUAGAGGCAGCGCAGAACCAAGUGGAGCACCUGAAGACGUUGGCCAAGGACCUUGUUGUUGGUGUCCCAGAUGCUGAUGGAGUGACAGACCUCUUACUGCAGGCUGACAGCAUGGAUAAAGACUACAGCUCACUUAACAAGAAACUAGAGGAGACGUGCCAGGUGUUGGAGGGCAAACUGCAGGGAAUUGGGCAGUUCCAAAACCGCAUCCGAGAGAUGUUCACCUCUUUCACGGACCUGGACGAUGAACUGGACAGCAUGGCUCCUGUGGAUCUCCACUUGGCCACUCUUAAAGAACAGCAGGACAGCAUUCAGAGCUUCGUGGCGAAGCUUCAAGAGCUGAUGGCCAACACGGCCAACGCUGGAGACAGCUGUAAGAAGAUGAUGGAGACUGAAAGCUCGCCCGACCUGUUGGGCCUGAAGAGAGAUCUGGAUGCUCUGAAUAAGCAGUGUGGCAAGCUGCUGGACAGGGCCAAAGGUCGAGGGGUGCAGGUGCAGAGCACGCUCACCAAACUGGAGGAGCUGUACGGGAAACUCCACCAAGCAGACAGUAAACUGAGCGGUGCUGUGGCCAAGGAGGCGGCCCAGGAGGUGGUCGGCAUGGAGACGGAUGGCAUCAACCAACAGCUGGAGGCCUUUAAGGCUUUCCAGAAAGACGACAUUGAUCCGUUGCAGACGCAGCUUCAGGACAUCAGCUCUCUCGGCCACAGCCUGAUACAAAACGCUGCUAAAGGCACGAGCACCAAGAAGCUUGAGGAUGACCUGGAUGGAGUCAGCACAAAGUGGAAUACCCUCAAUAAAAAGAUCGCUGAACGUUCAGCCCAGCUGCAUGAAGCCCUGCUGCAUUGUGGGAGGUUCCAGGAUGCCCUGGAAUCACUGCUCAGCUGGUUAACCGACACAGAAGAGCUUAUAGCCAAUCAGAAACCUCCAUCUGCAGAAUUCAAAGUGGUCAAGGCACAGAUACAAGAGCAGAAACUCCUACAGAGACUGCUGGAUGACAGAAAACCAACAGUGGAGCUGAUAAAGAAAGAGGGAGAGAAGGUUGCACAACUGGCAGAGUCUGUGGAUAAAGAAAAGGUUGGAAAGGAGAUUGAAUGCCUUGCACAGCGGUGGGACAGUCUGCUCAAGAAGGCUGAAAACAGGCAAAAGCAACUGGAGAGCAUCUUAGUGGUCACUCAGCAGUUCCACGAGACGCUGGAGCCCCUGAGCGAGUGGCUGGCGGCUACAGAGAAACACCUAGCCAACUCCGAACCCAUCGGCACUGAGACGUCUAGGCUGGAAGACCAAAUAUCCCAGCAUAAGGCCUUAGAGGAGGAGAUUAUGAAUCACAGUAAAGACCUGUUACAUGCCGUCAGUCUGGGUCAGAUGCUCAAAGCUGUUAGCUCAGUGGACGAAAAGGAGUUUGUUCAGUCCAAACUGGACUCCACUCAGUCCGGUUACAUAGAGCUCCAGGAGCGAUGCAGGAGGAGGGCUGAGAUGCUGCAGCAGGCUCUGGCCAACGCCCAGGUGUUCGGAGAGGACGAGGUGGCUCUCAUGAACUGGCUGAAUGAGGCGCACGGGAGGCUGAGCGAAGUGUCCGCGGAGGACUACAAAGUAGAUGUUCUUGAAAAGCAGCUGGCAGAACAACGGGGCCUACAAAGUGAUAUUGAGUUGAGGAAGAAGAAUGUUGACCAAGCCAUUGCUAACGGGAUGGAGCUUCUGAAGCAAACCACAGGUGAUGAGGUGGUGGUGAUCCAAGGCAAACUGGAUGGAAUAAAAACAAAGUAUGCUGAGAUCAACUCAAUGAGUGACAGCGUUUUGAAGACAUUGGAGCGUGUUUCGAGUCUCUCUGCUAAGCUGCAGAACACCCAUGAGGACUUGAGCUCCUGGCUGGAGAAGGUAGAGGCUGAGGUCAGCGCUUUUGCUGAUGAGGAGCCCGUGGGCGAGCAGCUCCUUCAUGCACAAAUAAGGCAGAAGGCCUUGUUGAAUGAGAGCAAAGACCAGAAACCUGUGAUGGACAAGGUGAAUGAGUUGAGCAGCUCUCUACUGGAUCUGAUCCCCUGGCACACCCGAGAGGCUCUGAACAAGCUGGUGACUGAGGACAAUGAGCGGUACAGAGGCGUCUGCGACACCGUCACCCAGCAGGUGGACCAGAUCAACGCUCAGAUACUCAAGUCACAGCAGUUUGAACAGGCGGCUGACACUGAGCUCUCCUGGCUGACUGAAGCUCAGGGUAAGUUGCUGUCGAUGGGCGAGAUUAGGCUGGAGCAGGACCAAACCACAGCCCAGCUCCAAGCACAGAAGAUCUUCUCCAUGGACAUCAUGAGGCACAAGGAUGCAGUGGAUGAUAUUGUGAAAACAGGAAAGGCCAUCAUGAACAGUAAAAACCCAGAGGAGAAAGACAUCUUGAAGGCCAGGACCCAGACUCUGUUGGAGAAGUACGGCAUCGUCAGUCAGCUGAACUCGGAGCGCCUUCUUCAGCUGGAGCGAGCCCAGUCUCUGGCCAGUCAGUUCUGGGAGACCUAUGAGGAGAUGUGGCCGUGGCUUCAGGAAACUGUCAGCGCCUUCAGCAAGCUGCCUCGACCCUCCAUCGAGUAUGAAACGCUCAGGCAGCAGCAAGAGGAGCUCAGGCAAAUGAGAGAGCUGAUUUCUGAACAUAAGCCCCACAUCGACAAGAUGAAUAAGACAGGACCUCAGCUUCUUGAACUUAGCCCGGUGGAGGGAGUGCCCAUCAGAGAGAAGUACACAGCGACUGACAAACUUUACACCAAACUCAAGGCUGACGUCAAGGAGAGAGCGGCGGCUCUGGAUGAAGCCACCUCCAAAUCAACCCAGUUCCAUGAUAAAAUAGAACCGAUGUUGGAAUCCCUGGAACGGAUCGCUGAGCGCCUGCGGCAGCCUCCAUCCAUCUCAGUGGAGGUGGAGAAGAUCAGAGAGCAGAUUAUGGAAAAUAAAGCUGUCUCUGUGGAUUUGGAGAAACUGCAGCCCUCUUAUGAGACACUGAAGCAGCGUGGCGAGGAGAUGAUUGCAAGAUCUGAAGGAGCAGAUAAGGAUAUCUCUGCCAAAGUUGUACAAGACAAACUGGACCAGAUGGUGUUCCUCUGGAGCGACAUCCAGGCUCUACUGGAGGAGCGGGAGGUCAAGCUCCUGGAUGUGAUGGACCUGGCCGACAAGUUCUGGUGCGACCACUGCGCUCUCAUCGCCACCAUCAAAGACAGCCAGGACCUGCUGCGAGAGCUGGAGGAGCCCGGGGUCGAUCCCUCUGUCGUCAAACAGCAGCAGGAGUUUGUGGAGGGAUUUAAAGAGGAGAUCGAUGGGCUGCAAGAGGAGCUUGAAGUGGUUCGAGCACAGGGUGAAGAGCUUAUGACUGCCUGCGGGGAACCUGAUAAACCUGUGAUAAAGAAAAGUCUUGAUGAGGUGAACUCAGCGUGGGAAAAUCUGAAUAAGACUUGGAAGGAGAGAGUAGAGAGGCUGGAAGAAGCCAUGCAGGCUGCCAUGCAGUUUCAGGACGGCCUGCAGGGUAUGUUUGACUGGGUGGAUAUUCUGGAGGGCAAACUGGAUUCAAUGUCACCCGUCGGCACAGACCUGGAAACUGUCAAGCAGCAGAUUGUAGAGCACAAGGAGUUCAAAGGAGAGGCGUACCAGCUGCAGAUCGAGAUGGAGCGCCUGAACCACCAGGCCGGUCUCCUGCUGAAGAAGGUGACGGAGGAGGCCGACCGAUUGGCCAUCCAGGAGCCAAUGUCUGAGCUCAAAAUGCUCUGGGACAACCUCGACGAGAAGAUCAUCAGCCGACAGCACAAACUGGAGGGAGGCCUGCUGGCUCUGGGUCAGUUCCAGCACGCACUGGACGAGCUGCUGGCCUGGAUGAGCCACACCGAGGAGCUGCUCAGUGACCAGAGGAAGACUGGAGGAGACCCCAAAGCCGUGGAGAUCGAGCUCGCCAAGCAUCAUGUUCUACAGAAUGAUGUGUCUGCUCACAAGGCGACGGUCGAGACGGUCAAUAAGGCCGGUAAAGACCUGGUGGAGUCGAGCGCUGGAGAGGAAGCUUCUAGCCUGCAGAGCAAACUGGAGAACCUGAACCAGCGGUGGGAAGAAAUCCUGGAGAAGACGGAUCAGAGGAAGCUACAACUCAAGAGCGCUCUGCUUCAGGCCCAAGGUUUCCAUGGUGAGAUAGAAGAUAUGCAGCAAUGGCUGAAAGACACAGAACGUCAGCUGUUGGCAUCAAAGGCUGUGGGAGGCUUACCAGACACGGCCCGGGAGCAGCUUAACGCCCAUCUGGAGUUGUGUUCUGCCUUGGAGGUGAAGGAAGAUCUGUAUCAGGAGUUGAUGAACAAGGGUCAACAGCUGCUUGCCAUAACACCCGAGGGUCCGGACAGCAACACAGAACAGGACCUCGCCAACCUAAAGGACAAAUGGGACGCCGUGCAGGGGAAGGUCGCUGAGAGAAAGGUGAAACUAGAGGAAGCCUUGACGCUGGCCACGGAUUUCCAUAACUCUCUGCAAGACUUCAUCAACUGGCUCACCCAGGCAGAGCAGACACUGAACAUGGUUUCCCCCGCCUCCCUCAUCAUGGACACCAUCAUGUUUCAGAUUGAUGAGCAUAAGAUGUUUGUGACAGAGGUGAACUCCCACAGGGAACACAUCAUUGAACUGGACAAGACAGGAACACACCUGAAGUACUUCAGCCAGAAACAGGAUGUGGUGCUGAUCAAGAACCUGCUGCUGAGCGUGCAGGGCCGCUGGGAGAAGCUGGUGCAGCGGUCUGUGGAGCGAGGCCGCCUGCUGGACGACGCCAGGAAGAGGGCCAAACAGUUCCAUGAGACGUGGAAUAAACUGAUGGAGUGGCUCGACGAAUCAGAGAAGACUUUGGACUCAGAAGUGGAAAUUGCAAACGAUCCAGACAAAAUUAAGACGCAGCUGGCGCAGCACAAGGAGUUCCAAAAAGCUGUUGGCAGCAAACACUCAGUGUACGACACCACCACUCGGACAGGACGGGCCCUGAAAGACAAGACCUCCCUGCAAGAUGACAACCAGAAGCUGGACGACAUGCUGAGUGAGCUGAGGGACAAAUGGGACACUGUUUGUGGCAAGUCAGUAGAAAGACAAAACAAGCUUGAGGAGGCCCUGUUGUUCUCGGGACAGUUUACAGACGCUCUCCAGGCUCUCAUUGACUGGCUGUACAGGGUGGAGCCUCAGCUGGCUGAGGACCAGCCCGUACACGGAGACAUAGACCUGGUCCUCAACCUGAUAGACACCCACAAGGUAUUCCAGAAGGAGUUGGGAAAGAGGACGGUCAGCGUUCAGGCCCUCAAACGUUCAGCCAGGGAUCUGACGGACAUCAGCCACGAUGACUCGUCCUGGGUGAAGGUGCAGAUGCAGGAGCUGAGCACCCGCUGGGAGACGGUGUGCAGCCUGUCGGUGUCCAAGCAGGCGCGGCUGGAGCAGGCGCUGUGCCAGGCUGAGGAGUUUCACUCCACCGUUCACAUCCUACUGGAGUGGCUGGCCGAGGCCGAGCAGAGUCUGCGUUUCCAUGGCAGCCUGCCUGAUGACGAGGAGGCGCUACAGACGCUUAUCGGACAACACAAGGAGUUCAUCAAGAAACUUGAGGAGAAACGAGUGGCUCUAAAUAAAGCAACCAGUCUGGGGGAAGCUAUUCUGAUCAUCUGCCAUCCAGACUCUAUCACAACCAUCAAACACUGGAACACCAUCAUUAAAGCUCGUCUUGAAGAGGUGCAGGCGUGGGCGCGGCAGCACCAGCACCGGCUGGCUACGGCUCUCUCUGAGCUGUUAGCCACUCAGGAGCUGCUGGAGAAUCUGCUGACCUGGCUCCAGUGGGCCGAGACCAACCUCAACGAUAAGGACAAGGAGCUGCUGCCACAGGAGCUGGAGGAGGUCAAAGGCCUCAUAGCAGAACACCAGGCAUUCAUGGAGGAAAUGACCAGGAAGCAACCAGAUGUUGACAAAAUCACCAAGACACACAAAAGGAAGGCUGCUGUGGAGCCCCCUGUCCAGUCUCACAUCCCUGUGCUUGACAAAGGAAGAACUGGAAGAAAACGCUCUCCCACACAGACGAUGUAUGCGUCAGCAACGCAGCCUCCCAUUGAGACCAAGAACCCGCGGGUCAACCUGCUGGUCACUAAGUGGCAGCACGUGUGGCUGCUGGCUUUGGACAGGAGGAGGAAACUCAACGAUGCCUUGGACCGACUGGAGGAGUUGAAGGAAUUUGCCAACUUCGACUUUGACGUGUGGCGGAAGCGCUACAUGCGCUGGAUGAACCACAAGAAGUCUCGUGUCAUGGACUUCUUCCGCCGCAUCGACAAGGAUCAAGAUGGCAAAGUGACCCGACAGGAGUUUAUAGAGGGCAUCCUGUCCUCCAAAUUCCCCACCAGUCGUCUGGAGAUGAGCGCAGUGGCAGACAUAUUCGACAGAGAUGGUGACGGAUACAUUGACUACUAUGAGUUUGUGGCAGCUCUUCAUCCCAACAAGGAUGCUUACAAACCGCUAACAGAUGCUGACAAAAUUGAAGAUGAGGUUACAAGACAAGUGGCAAAGUGUAAAUGUACAAAACGAUUCCAAGUGGAGCAAAUUGGUGCCAACAAAUAUCGGUUCUACCUUGGAAACCAGUUUGGAGACUCUCAGCAGCUCCGGCUCGUAAGGAUUUUACGCAGCACUGUGAUGGUGCGUGUGGGAGGAGGCUGGAUGGCUCUGGAUGAGUUCUUGGUGAAGAACGACCCCUGUCGAGCUAAAGGCAGAACCAACAUGGAGCUGCGAGAGAAGUUCAUCCUGCCAGAGGGAACCACUCAGGUGAUGGCGAGCUUCCGCUAUCGAGGCCGGAGGUCUCGGCCAUCGUCCAGAGCAGCGUCCCCCAACAGAUCCUGCUCCAGCCAGAGCUGUGCGGUCCCCCCCUGCCCAGCGGUGACCAGCACACCCAAGACUCCCCAACACAUAUCCCGCAAUUAUGAUAAGCCCUGGCUUACAAACAGCAAACCAUCCUCUCCUCUUAAAUCAUCAGACUCCUUUGAGAGCCAAGGUUCAUCCUCAGAGGGUACACCUGUUCAAGGCAGCAAAUUGCGUCUUCCUGGGUACUUGUCAGGCAAAGGAUUUCAGAGUGGUGAGGAGGGAACGCUCAUCAGCGCUGCAGUACUGAAAGCUCGAGGACAGACAAUAGGUGAGAGAAGAAAUUCUAGCCGUCCUGGAAGUAAGGCUGGAAGCAGAGGGAGCAGUCGCAGAGGAAGUGACGCCUCUGACUUUGACAUCUCAGACAUCCAGUCUGUGUGCUCGGACGCGUCUGAGACUGUCGGUGACUCGACCCGAGGGACGCCUCGUUCUGCGUCCCAUCAAAAAGGAGGGAAACCAUCCAAGAUCCCCACUCCUCAGAGAAGAACCACUCCCACGAGCAAACUGGCCAAGGGAUCCAAGCGAUAGUCAGUGGCCUUCGACCCAAACAACCCAGGAGCUAGUUGCACCCUAAACACGUAACGGACACUGGAGAUAACUUAAAAGACUGCAAAUGUGUUGAGUGUUAUUUAAAUUGCUGCGAAGAUGUAAGAUAUUCUGUUGAGAGGUAAUAUGGUUUAAUAUGAUGUGAGAAUGGAAUGUUAAUGGCCUUGUGAAUUUGUUUUUUAAUGUAUUUUAUUUUUUGUGAAAUAUGUGAAAUUGUUUUUAUUGUAUUUUUUAUUUUAUUAAUGCAAAAACCUGUAGAGGUUUGAUGAACACUAGAAUAUCUGGUAAUGACUACGUUAUACGGUUAGUUAACAUUUCUAAACACACUAAUGAAGGGCAACAUGAGAGUUACUGAAUGUACUGUAAUUUAUGUUUGCUGAUGUUUGGAGUAGAAGGUGCAUUAUGGUACCAUUUCAGGCACUGCAAUUAUUAUUAAGUGCUAUGAUAAACUGCCAACAUGCAUUUAAAGGGCAAUGCAAUAUAUUACAUAAACCCCAGUAAGCACUGCAGAAACCUUUGAAAAAACACUAUUUAAGGCAAGUAGCAGAAACCUCAUAAUCAUGAAGCUUUUAAGUCCUGUUUGUUUGUGAGCAGCUGCACUCCCUGUUUAGUUCGACCACUUCACAGCGGCUUGUGCGCUGACCUUGAAGAGGUGCCACUCCAUGUAGACAUUCUCUUGUGCAUCCAUGUCUAUGUAUGGUAUAUUUCGGUAGAGCUGAAAUUGUCACUGUAUCCAUUACUUUGUAAUAAACCUGCUUGCAGAACGUCACCAGAGGCUGGUGUGGACCGAA